CUCAGCUCCAAGAAAUCCUUGAAACGGAAGGAAAGAAGGGUAGCAGUAUCCAAACAAUUGGAUUAAUUUGGGGACAUUUAAAUUGUAAGCUCUGGCAUUGGCAGCGAAGGUUCCCCCCACAUACGUAAUUUCGAGAACUCAAGAUCCGGCUCCCGAUCCAGCUCAGCCAGCUCGCAUUCGCAAUUCGCAUCCGCCCUCCGCCGCGCCUUUUAUACUCCCUACCAACUGGAACCCCAACAUGAGCGGAAAAUCCGGCGGUAAGAUCGAAAAGAUCAUAGCCCGCCUUCAGCAGCGCAUCUCGGAGGGCCAGUUCUAUGAAGCCCAGCAGCAGACACGGGUGGUAGCCGCCCGUUACACGAAAGCGGCAAACUGGGACGCAGCCAUCGACACACUCUACAAUGUCGCGCAGUCGCUCCUCAAGGCCGGCCAGGGAGGCAGUGGCGGCGACCUGUGUAUCUUGCUGGUGGAUGUCUACAAGCAGGCCGAACUGAAGCCCGACUCGGACUCCAAGGGCAGGCUCUUGACAUGUCUGCGCCUCUUCGACAGCGAGGAGCCUACACGGAAGAAGUACAUCGGAGAGAUGAUCGGAUGGUCGUGCAAGUUCGGCGAAUACCCGGCUGGCGACCCGGAACUCCACCACGUUGCUGGCUCGCUCUACGCCGAAGAACAUGACACAUCCGAGGCGGAACGGCACUUGAUCUUGGGCACAAAGGACUCUACAGAGGUUCUAACUCGCAUGGAGUACGAAUGGUACAAGGAGGACGAUUCCCACACGGCGCCCCACUACGCAGCUCGAGCUAUCCUGCCCUAUCUCCUGAUCGCCAACGUCCGGGCGGCCAAUGCCUCCUACCGGGCCUUCACCAGUUCCUUAAGCGCCGACAAUAAAGAUCUCGGAGUCCAAGAUGUUAGCAGUCAGAGCUCGGACAUGAGGGUAUUCCCGAGCUUGCCACUGCUCAACUUCCUCGGCUUGCUCUUGCUUGCCGUGCAGAAGGGUAGCCCCGACCUGUUCAGGCAGCUGCGGAAUAAGUAUGCCAGCCAUCUCGCCGAGGUUGAAUCGUGGGACGAAGCACUCGAGAUGAUUGCCGAGAUGUACUUUGGCAUCCAGCGGCCGCGUCAGAACAACCCGCUCAUGGACAUGAUGGGUAGUCUGUUUGGCGGGGGGGCUCCAGGCGGUGCUGCGAAGAAACCACCGGUCCGCCGUGUCGAGGCGCCCACUGCUGAGGGCCUGGAUUGAUCCUCUGGCUUGUAGCGGCCGCUCAGAGAUACGGGCCUACGUGGACGUUUGCCGUGAAUCCAGCAGGCAUCCAGCCUCUUUCCAGUUAAUGAUACCUUGAAA